GUGGAGAAGGCCUUGAAUUUGGUCGAGAGCCGCGCUGGACGCAAGUUCGGGGACUCCACCAACCCGCUUCUGGUGUCGGUGCGCUCUGGAGCACGUGCAUCCAUGCCAGGAAUGAUGGAUACCGUGCUGAACUUGGGGCUGAACGACGCCACUGUGGAAGCUUUGGCAAAGAAGUCUGGUGACCGUCGCUUUGCCUUCGACAGCUAUAGGCGCUUUGUCCAGAUGUAUUCCGACGUCGUACUCGGCAUUGAGAUCAACCAGUUUGAGAAGCAUUUGGAGCGUGCUAAGCAGAAGCGAGGCGUCAAGCAGGACUGCGAGUUACUUCCGGAGGACUUGGAGGGGCUGGUGAAGUCCUACAAGGCAGUGGUUCAGUUGGAGCUGGGCGAGGAGUUCCCCGAGGAUCCCAAGAAGCAGCUCUGGGGCGCCAUUGGUGCAGUCUUCAAUUCCUGGAUGAAUCAGCGCGCCAAGACCUACAGGCAACUGCACGACAUCCCGGAGUGGUGGGGCACUGCUGUGAACGUGCAAGCCAUGGUCUUUGGCAACAUGGGCAACGACUGCGCCACAGGAGUUGCCUUUACUCGCGACCCUUCCACAGGUAAAAACGAAUUCUACGGAGAGUUCUUGGUCAAUGCCCAGGGUGAAGAUGUCGUGGCAGGCAUCCGAACUCCACAAGAGCUUACCAUCAGAGCUCGAAAGUCCCAUGGCUCUGACCUGCCUUCCUUGGAAGAGGUCAUGCCCAACAUCUUCAAGGAGUUGCUCUCCGUGCGUAGCCAGCUCGAGACUCACUACAAGGAUAUGCAAGAUAUUGAGUUCACAAUACAGCAGGGCAAGCUCUACAUGUUACAAACGCGCAACGGAAAGCGCACAGCGCCUGCUGCGCUGCAGAUUGCGGUUGAUAUGGCGAUGGAGGGCCUGAUAUCCAAGAGUCAAGCCCUGUUGAGUUUGAAGCCGGAUUUGGUGGACCAGCUCUUGCACCCGACUCUUGAUCCCAAGGCCAAGAAGGACGUCAUUGCAAAGGGCCUUCCUGCAUCUCCUGGUGCUGCUGGCGGAAAGGUCGUCUUUUCUGCCGACGAAGCCGUGCGACGUUGCAAAGAUGGCGACAAGGUGAUCCUGGUUCGCAUUGAGACCAGCCCUGAUGACAUCCAUGGCUUGCACGCAGCAGAGGGAGUCUUGACCACCAGAGGCCAGGUUUGUUUGCCAGACUCUUGCUUAGGACAGAUCCUCACCAUCGAUGGAAGCACCGGAGAAGUGAUGGUGGGAGAGGUCCCCACAGUGCCACCGCAACUCUCCGGAUCUUUCGGAACCAUCAUGCAGUGGGCCGAUGAAUUCCGCGACAUGAAAGUCCGGGCCAACGCUGAGACCCCUGCUGAUGCUCGACAAGCCAAGGAAUUCGGUGCGGAGGGCAUUGGUCUCGUCCGCACCGAGCACAUGUUCUUCGAAGGGCAGCGGAUUGUGGCCAUGAGGCAGAUGAUCUUAGCUACAGACGAGGCUGGUCGACGCGAGGCCUUGGACAAGUUGUUGGUCAUGCAGAGGGACGACAUCACGGAACCUCGAUGCCUUAAGCCUUAA